AUGGAAGGUUUAGGUUUACUAGGACUUCUCUUUCCGAGCCAGGCGAAGGAGGCACCGGAAAAUCCAGGUGACUCCUCUGAGAACACAGCAAUCCAGCAGGAGGCUCCUCAAUCUCUACGUGGCACUCUUCAACAACCGACGGAUGAUAGCAAUGACCAAGGGGGAGAGGCAAAUCUUGGAGGGAAUGGAGACGGUCAAGAAGUUAUGCCUCCGAUGGUUGUAAUGGAUACUAAUGGUUGUAGUGAUGGUUGUAAUGGUUGUAACUAUCCGAUAGUUAGUUAUCUUUAACAGCCUGGAGUAAAUGUGAAUUCGUGUAGUUGUCGUCAUCUUCAUCCUGUUCAGCAUCUAAAAGAUCCAGUCCCAUAGAUGCUGCAGAGACCACAACGGCGCAAAACCUUGAGAGUAGUGGUAAAGAGGCCAGCACCGCAAGUGACGCAGACGAUGAUCCAAACUUAGUAUGGGAAGCCAGGGUCCAUCGUGACCUCUUCGCAGCAGCGAAUCCCUUUAUUUUAUGCUGAGAAGGCUGCAAAGGCAAGACCAUGACUCAUGAUUGAUGAGCAUUGCAAUUUUUUAGGCUUUUAACCAUCCGCCCAAAAUGACGAGUAUUCACCUGACCCUGAGUCGAGAAUGAACUAUAUUUAUUGACAGGACAACGACAGCGCCGGCGCUUAGUUAGUAGUAGAUAAGUACUUGGCCGAUUUUUCUUUUUUCGGUUUUGUUUUUUCUAGUUAGGUCUGCUCCACCAACUAUAUUUAUUGGAUUAACAUACUAGAAGGUGAGAAAAUAAGGGAGCACUCCCGCACUCAUACAAUAUUUUUGAGGCUACUCUCUCUGUCUGCGCGUCUCUAAUUUUGGAGGCUACUCUGCGCCCUCGGACUAUAGCGAAACUCGAUCUCACUGGGGAUCAACCUGUAGAGGGUCGUGGCAGUUUUUCUCUCGAUGAGAAGGUGUCCAGUUGUACUACUCGCAGUUCUAGUGGUAGUGGAAGGAGUAGUGCUACUGCUCCUGUGGACGUCGAAACGAACAAGCCUGGACAAGAUCUCGAGUUGGCAGACGAGUCUGAUGAAGCAUGUUCCUCUUCUUCAUCGGCAGAGUCAACUACGGAGUCAACGUUAUCUACUACUGCAGCGGUUAUUUCUGCUACUAGUUCUAGUAGCAGUAGCACAUCUGCUUCUUCGUUACUUGAUGCAGCUGCUCCUAAACUGCAAGUGUCUUCAAUGGUUACCAAUAUGUCUGGUACGUCGACAGAAUCACCAACAAAGGGGGCAUCAGCGACUACUGCCCCAUCAGCUACUGUGGUGUCAGCGACUCCCACAGCAUCUGCAACGAGUAGUGCCCCAGCAACCAGCACUGCCCCAGCAACCAGCACUGCCCCAGCAACCAGCACUGCCCCAGAAACUACUGUUCCAGCAAGCAGCACUGCCCCAGCAACCAGCACUGCCCCAGCAACUACUGCCCCAGCAACCACUACAUCAUCAGGAACAACAUUGGCAAAAUCCGGUUCGCUCCAAACAUGUCUGAAUCCAUUUGCUAA